AGGGAGGCAUAUGGUCUGGAUGUUUGGUUAUACAGUUCUGUUCAGGACAUCUAUCUGUUUGGAGGACAAAUCUCCAAUAAGGACUCCACAGCGACGUCGUCCAAUGAAAUCCAUAAACUCAGUAUUGCCAAGAUGAAGUGGAAGGUUCCUCUGUAUGUUGGGAUUCCUCCGGCCCGUCGGCACGGCCACGCUGCCUUCAUCCUACACAGUCACCUGUAUGUGUUUGGAGGGAAGAAUGAAGAGCAGGACUUUAAUGACUUGAAGGUGAUGAAGCUGAUCAAUCCAUCUGAGAGAAAACCAGUGAUGAAGGAGAUCCUCUCAGAGUUUGGUCUUCAGGGCGUCAGCCACAGCUUCACUCCCACUAAGGUUCCCAACAUUCGCUAUGAGCUGAGCGACGCGGCUCCGUCCACCCAGCCCAGAACAGCAGCAGCAGCUAACAUACAGGUUUGUGUCCACAGAGACUUCAGCGACGUUCGAGAUCAGGCCAUGAAAAUGAUCCAGGCAGCCUUCACUCUGUUGGACCAGGAGUUUCAGAAACUAGAUCGGGAGAAGUUAGAAGUUUCUAAAGCUGCUGCAGCUCUACACAGAGACAGAAAGGAGCAUGAAGCUCACAGAGAACGACAACAACAGGAGCUGAAGGAAAUGCUGGAGAAACAUCGCAACCAGAACGAGGCAUGGCUCCGGGCAAGAGCCGAGGAAAACGACCGAGAGAGGAGGGAGCUCUGCAGGCUGCGGGAGGAGGUUCUGCAGGACCAGGAGAGGCUGAAGGAGGAGCAGAGCAGCGUCCAGAAACGCAGCGAACAUCUCCUGUCCAUCAUGCAGCAGUUCAAAGGAAUGUAGAAAACACUCCCAGCAAAAAUCAUAAAAAUGUGAAAUUAUUUGAAAGACAGUUUGUUUGAUUCUGACAAUAAAAACUUUGAAAAGUUUGUCAAAACAAAGAUGGGAUCUGUUGGAUUGGA